AAUCUCAAAACAAGAAGAUAUAUUUUAGGUCCAGAAUCGAACAGAAAAAUGUUUGGUCUUCCUCAGAAGCACAACUAAGGAGAAAAAAACCCUAGAUCUUCUGCAACGAGCCCUCCGGCGACAACUUGAUUAACCUCCGGCGACGGUAAGAUCUUUAUCGGCGACGACCUACUGCCACAAAAGUCACGGGAUCUGCACCCCAGCAUCUUGAUUUUGCGAGUAACUUGUAAUGCUUGUUUAGUUUGAGUAGGCUAUACUGUACUUUUAUGGGUUCAAGAGGGCAAAUACCAUUGUCUUACGAAGGACGUUCUGUCCAAGCUCCAGGGAUGAUGCGUCAUGGCCCAUUUCCUACUGGUCACCGCCCCAUGGAACCACUUCCUCCUCCCGAGCUUUUGGAGAACAAAAUGGCUGUACAACUGGAAGAGAUAGAAAGACUUGUGGAAGACAACCGCAGAUUGGCUGCUACUCAUGUGGCCUUGAGGCAGGACCUUGUUGCUGCCCAGCAGGAAAUACAAAGACUCAGAGCACACAUAAGAAGCAUCCAGACGGAAAGUGAUAUUCAGAUCAGGAUGUUACUGGAUAAGAUUGCAAAAAUGGAAGUAGAUAUCAGAGCUGGUGAGAGUGUUAAGAAGGACCUGCAACAGGCACACAUGGAAGCACAGAGCUUGGUAACAGCUAGACAGGAGCUGACUGCCAAAAUUCAACGUGCCACUGAAGAGCUGGAUAAAGCCCAUGCUGAUAUUAAAAAGCUGCCGGAGAUGCAUGCUGAACUUGAUAGUUUGAGGCAAGAACAUCAGAGGUUACGCAACACAUUUGAGUAUGAAAAAGGUUUAAACAUGGAGAAGGUGGAACAAAUGCAAGCAAUGGAUAAGAACCUCUUUGGCAUGGCAAAAGAAGUGGAGAAGUUGCGAGCUGAGGUGUUGAAUGCUGAGAAGAGGGCACAUGCUCCGAACCCUUAUGGUAGCUCCUACAUGAUGAGUUCAGAUCCAUUGUACCCACCUCCUGUGCAUGGUGGUGGUGCCUAUGUUGAUCCUUAUGGAAGACCCCAUGUUCAGAUGGGUGUCGGGGCUGGAGGAGAGGGAAUAGUUCCAUAUGGCAGUGGCAAUGUUGCAGCUGCUCCUAGCGGCAUUGGCAACGCAACUGGACCUGGACCUAGUGCUGGCGGGACGUCUGUCUGGGGAGGAGCAUAUGAUGCUAUGAUUGCUCGGAAGUGAAUGUGCAUAAGCUGGCAUUAGACGCUGUCCAUAAAACUUUUCUGCCUCAUUCAACUUUGAUGGUUAUUUAAUAUCCCAAAUUUUGGUCAUGUUUCAUUAAAUCUAAUAGUUACCCUUCUCCAAUUCGACAACUUAUCUUCCAAAGUUCCAUCCCAGUGGUGAAUUUUUCGUAGUUUUAUACAUGGAUAAUAUUAAUGGCUAUAUAGCAUGCUCCAAUUUACAUUUGUAAAAUAGGGCUUGAUCAUUUUAA